UUUUUUUUUUGUUCCCUUCCAUAGUUUUUCAGAUAUUGAUUAUUAUCAUUACUUUUUAGUAUUUUAUUCUUCUCUUAAUAUUUACUUUCAAUGUCUGGAUCAUCACCUAAUAUCAAUUCCACCAACACUCCUUUUGUCUUUGGUACUUAUUACAAACGACGUUAUCGACCUUACUUUACCAAACGGCAACUGGCGACGAUUGAUCAAUUGAAUGGUCAAUCAAUGAAAAAUACGCAAACACUUGCUUCCCAUGGAUCCAGUUGCAAAUUUAUACAACAAGUUGGGAAGAGACUAGGAUUUCCACAAACUACCAUUAGCACAUCACAAGCAUUGUAUCAUCGAUUUUAUCUAUAUCAUUCAAUACGUAAUUUUCAACCUUUGGACCUUUGUAUUACUUGUCUCUUUGUUGGAUCCAAAAUAGAAGAAACUAUCAAAAGAUUAAAGGAUAUAUACAUCGUAGCCCAUAGUGUUCGACAUCCAAAAAGUCAAGAAUUAGAACCAGAUGAGAUUCCUGAAGAUCGUAUAAGAAGAAUCAAUGAAUAUGAAAAAUUAUUAUUAGAAACCUUAUGUUUCAAUUUUCAAAUCAAACAUCCAUAUGAAUACAUAGUCAAAUUUGCAAGGCAUAUACAAGAAUUACAAGGUCUAGAUGGAAAACAAUUAGCGAAAAAAGCAUAUUCAUUGGCAGUGGAUAGUUAUAGAAUGACAUUAUGUUUGGAAUAUCCAGCUCAUACAAUCGCAGCGGGUUGUAUAUAUUUAGCAAGUAAAUUAUGGCAACAAGAAGAUAGCAAGUUUGGAGGUUUAGACAAAAACGAAUCAUGGGAAAAACGAUUCUUAUCAAGAUUGGAAGAUGUCAAAGAUGUAGGUCGGAAGAUCUUGGAUUAUUAUAUCUCUAAACCAAAUGAAUUUGGACCAUCAAUACAAUAUAUGCAAAUCAAGAUCCAAUUGAAUGAAGAAACCAACAAUAAUAUAUCUUCUGACAAAAUGAUGAUGACCAACAACCAAUCAGCUAUAAAUGUCAAUAAUCGACACAUGGAUGAUCCUUUGAUGAAUGAACAAACAAGAAUGGAUGAUAAAUGGGAACCCAACCAGUUACCUUCUUACGAUGUAGAUCUUUUACUCAAUACCAACACACACACUGUAUCAUAUUUUUUAAAUCCCCUCCAAUAAAAUGUCACUAUAAACUUUAUUUUUACUCUCCUAAAUCCUUCCUAAACGUUUUAACUCUUCCUUCUUUUUUUUCGCACGGUUCUUAGUCGGG